CUCUAGUGGCGAGUUCCAUGUCCAGCACAUCGUCGUGGAACGAGACCCCACCGACCGCUGCGGCGACACGGACAUAUUUUGGUGUAACACAUAACAUCCUUGUGCUUUCCAUAUGGUUUUCCAGCCGAUUCUCGUCCGCGUGUUCAAACCUGCUGAGAGAGAACAGACGAGUCUUUCAGCCGCACCAUGAGCGGCUCCAAGCCGGACAUCCUGUGGUCGCCGCACCACCCGGACCGCUACGUCAUCUGCGACUCGGAGCUGGGUCUGUACCGGAUCGGACCCAUCGGCAGCGCAGAGGCCAAGCCCGGCUCGCUGCCCCUCUCGGAGGAAACCGCCGCCACCCUGCUGGCCAUCAACUCCGACACCCCCUACAUGAAAUGCGUGGCCUGGUACCCCAAGCAGGAGCCCGAGUGCCUGCUGGCUGUGGGCCAGGCCAACGGCCGGGUGGUGCUCACCAGUUUGGGUCAGAGCCACACCUCCACCUGUAAGGAGCUGGUGGGGAAGGAGUUUGUGCCCAAACACGCCCGCCAGUGCAACACGCUGGCCUGGAACCCGGUGGACAGCAACCUGCUGGCCGCCGGGCUGGACAAGCACCGCGCCGACUUCUCCGUCCUCAUCUGGGACAUCAGCAGUAAGUUGGCAGCGGAGAGCAGCGCGGCAGCGGAGAAAAUCCGCCUCCCGCCGACGGAUGUGGACUCGGGCAGCACCGUGACCAAGCCGCUGUACGAGAUCGGCCAGAACGACGCCUGCCUGUCGCUGUGCUGGCUGCUGCGGGACCCCAAGCUGCUGCUGGCGGGCAUGCACCGCAACCUGGCCAUAUUCGACCUCCGGAACACCAGCCAGAAGACCUUCGUCAACACCAAGGCCAUCCAGGGCGUGACGGUCGACCCGCACUUCCACGACCGCGUGGCGUCCUUUUUUGAGGGCCAGGUGGCCAUCUGGGACCUGAGGAAGUUUGAAAAGCCCGUCCUCACGCUCACCGAGCAGCCCAAGCCGCUCACCAAGGUGGCGUGGUGUCCGACGCGCACCGGCCUGCUGGCCACCUUAACCCGGGACAGCAACAUCAUCCGCCUGUACGACAUGCAGCACACCCCCACGCCCAUCGGCGACGAGACGGAGCCCACCAUCAUCGAGCGCAGCGUCAAGCCCUGCGAGAGCCAGAUCGGCAGCUUCGCCUGGCACCCCUCCUCCCAGAACCGCAUGGUGGUGGUGUCCGCCGCCAACCGGGUCAUGACGGACUUCACCGUGUUCGAGCGCAUCUCCCUGGCCUGGAGCUCCACCACCUCGCUCAUGUGGGCGUGCGGCCGCCACCUGUACGACUGCGUGGAGGAGGCGGUGGAGGGGGCGGUGGAGAAGGACAUCGCCACCAAGAUGAGGGAGAGGGCCCAGUCCAGGUACGGGCACGACACGCUGCAGGUGUGGAGGAACCACCUGCUGGCCGGAGGCAGCGACCCCCAGCUCAAGUCUUUAUGGUACGACCUCUUCUAUAUGAAGCAGAGUGCUGAAGACCUGGAGCUGAAGCUGCCUGGAAACAAACAGUCUCUGGUUUAUUCUGGGAUCAAGAACAUCGUGAAGAGCAGCUCAGGGACCACGGAGAGCCGGCGGUGCUGGAUCGGCUCGGACCGGCAGACCGACGUGCCGCGGUACCACAGCGAGGAGCGCAGCCUGGCGCUGCGGCUGUGCGGCUGGGUGAGCCGCGGCUCCGACAUCGACGUGGAGACCUUCCUGCGGUCGCUGGAGCAGGAGCAGGAGUGGGAGCGGGCCGCCGCCAUCGCUCUGUUCAACCUGGACAUCCGCCGCGCCAUCCAGAUCCUCAACAAGGGAGCCAUGACGGACAGAGGUGACCUGAACCUGAACGUGGUCGCCAUGGCUCUGUCAGGCUACACGGACGAGAAGUCGUCCCUGUGGAGGGAGAUGUGCAGCUCGCUGAGGCUGCAGCUGAAGAACCCCUACCUCUGCAUCAUGUUUGCCUUCCUCACCAGCGAGCCCGGGGCGUACGACGGCGUGCUGUAUGAGAGCAGCGUCGCGGUGAGAGACCGAGUCGCCUUCGCCUGCAUGUUCCUCAGUGACGCUCAGCUGCCACGAUACAUCGAAAAGCUGACCGGAGAGAUGAAGGACGCAGGAAACCUGGAGGGCAUCCUGCUCACGGGUUUGACUAAAGACGGCGUGGAUCUGAUGGAGAGCUACGUGGACAUCACUGGAGAUGUUCAGACCGCCAGCUUCUGCAUGCUGAAGGGUUCUCCAGGAGAGGUGCUGAAGGAUCCCAGAGUCCAGUGCUGGAUCGAAAACUACCGCAACCUGCUGGACGCCUGGAGGUUCUGGCACAAACGGGCCGAGUUUGACAUCCUCAGAGGCAAGCUGGACCCCAGCUCCAAGCCCCUGGCUCAGGUGUUCGUGAGCUGCAACUUCUGCGGGAAGUCCAUCUCCUACAGCGGCUCGGCGCUGCCUCAUCAGGGCCGGGGCUUCAGCCAGUACGGGGUCAGCGGCUCGCCCACCAAGUCCAAAGUCACCAGCUGCCCCGGAUGCAGGAAACCUCUGCCCCGCUGCGCCCUCUGCCUCAUGAACAUGGGCACACCUGUUUCCAACUGCCCAGGAACCGGAAAGUCAGAAGAGAAAGCCGAUUUGACGAGAGAGAACAAACUCGCCAAGUUCAACAACUGGUUCACCUGGUGUCACAACUGUCGGCACGGUGGCCACGCCGGCCACAUGCUCAGCUGGUUCAGAGACCACACAGAGUGCCCGGUGUCGGCCUGCACCUGUAAGUGCAUGCAGCUGGACACCACGGGGAACCUGGUGCCUUCGGACAGCAGCUGAUGGACGCCAAACACCAGCCUGGAGCCAGCAGGGCGGGUUGACCGCUGCCCCCAGGGCCGGCCCUGGGCAUAGGCGACUGCCUAAGGUGCCAUCCAUCUGCUGGAGGGGGCGCCAAAUCACAAUAUUUGUUUUCUUUUUUUUCUGUUCGACGCCCCCUCAUUUCAUGUAAAAAAAUAAAUAAAUAAAAAGUAAUAAUUAAAAAAUGUAAAUAAAAUAACUCAAAAGUUUGUAAUCAAUACCUCUUUAAGGAUGAAAACAGGAAUAGGAGGGAACACGCGCUCUCAUUGCUUGGAAAAUUCACACACACCCCCGUGCAUUUUGGUUGAAAAAAACUAAUUCAACUGGGGGUCUAGUGUAUCUUUUCAACGCCUUUAAUGGUUGAAAACCCCCUGCGAGCUGAUCGGUAGCGCAGUCAGUUAGUGUUUUCCUUAAAACUGGGGCUGGGUUAAUACAAUUAAUUAAU